AUGACAAACUCACAGAGGCACUACAUUCCAGGGGGUUUUGAACACUCAGUUGAAGAUUAUUCAUUGUUCUAUAAGAAAUCUGCCAAUUCAUCAGUUUAUGUAGCAGUUUAUGUAGAUGACAUAGUUCUCACAGGGACAAAUCUAGUAGAAAUCAACAAUUUAAAGUCUUUUCUGCAUGACACUUUCAAGAUUAAAGAUCUAGGACAGCUGCAUUACUUUCUUGGUUUUGAGCUACUCUAUAGAGAAGAUGUGACUGCUCCUUUAGAGUGCAACCUCAAACUCCAAGCAGAUGAAGGCCCUCCUCUCACUGAUCCUACUCAUUAUAGAAAAUUAGUAGGGAAACUCAAUUUCCUUACUCAUACUAGAAUGGACAUAGCCUACAGUGUCCAAUAUCUGAGCCAAUUCAUGCAGGCCCCUAGAGAACCUCAUCUCAAAGCUGCAAUACAUGUCCUUAGAUAUCUUAAAAAUGAUCCCACUUUGGGGAUAUUCAUUUCAAAUGUUCCUGACUUCAAUCUUAGGGCAUAUUGUGAUUCAGAUUGGGCUGCUUGUCUUCUUCUUUUGUGCCAUCUCAAAUGGUAG